GUUGGACGUAGACCACAACAUGUUGUUACGCGCGCGCCUCAAGAGCCAACUCAUCCAUCGCAGCAAACCGCUGGACGCCCUCCGCGUCGCCCGCGAUACCACCGACGAUGGCGUCGGCCAGCGUGCCCACUCUGAUGGUUCUAUCAACGAAGGGCACGCCUAAAGCCGAAGCCAAGUUGAAGACCGGGAUGAUGGGCAACACGUCGAGCUUGCCCCAGGACCAGAUGAGCGAAGGGCGGUACACCACCGGUCGUAACUUAUCUGAAUUCUCACUGAGCUUGGCCUCCACGGCUCGUUUGGCGACUAAAUACCUACGAAGCCACUCCGGAGCUACCUUAUCUUCGACGAAGGACCCGCCAGCGACGUCGGGCCACCCGGACUCCGCGCACGACACGAACGCGAACGGUGUGCGAGGUGCAAACGGCAACCGUAGGCGAUUCGCCGUCGCAUCAAUGGCGUUGAAGGCCGUCUGCCGCGUGAUGCGAUCAUAUGUACUUUCCGCACCGGGCACGGAAUUGGAGCCGCUCACGACCUUCGAGAACUGCGUUAAACCCGAGUCCACGUCGAACAACAACCCCACGGCGUGCACGACGGCGUCGGCGUCCUUCACGAACUGCUGGACGUCCUUCGCGUCCGCGGCGUCUCCACUAAUCCAUUCGACGCAGUCUAAGGCGGCGUCGCCCGGCAGCGGGUUCUCGCCUCUUCUGCUUAAUGAAGCGACUUCCCAGCCUCGUUCCACCGCGCGUUUGCAGACCUCUCUUCCUACGUACCCCGACCCGCCGAGGACGCAGAGGCGCUUGGGAGGGGCGGCUGACAUGCUCAUGUGCUGGCGCGUCAGAGCGAAUGCGGCUGGCAAGAGGAUUAAAGCUUUGACAGUCAUGGCGCAGACGUAUGGUGGGGAUGGCUACGUCCUUUUGGGGCACUGUAUGCAAUUCGUGCGUGCCGUUCAGUGCCAAAAUGAGUCUCUGAGCUGGUUAUUUGAGCUGGUGCUUAGCGUA